AUGGAUGCUCGGCUGGUCUGCGGGCGCCGGGGGCGGGGAAAGACUCGCUCUGCUCGGCUCUGGCCCCGCCCGCGACCCGGCGGGAGCCCGGGGCCGCCCCUUUCCUCCCUCACGGGCGCUGGGCUGAGUCCCGAGUCGAGAAACCUCACACGCUCUGAGCUCCCUGACUGGGUUUUGGGUGGCUGCAGCCUGAGGAGGAACAUGGCGCUCGUAGGCAACGGAGCAGAGCUGGAGGCGGACGAGGACAUCUUUGAAGAUGCAUUGGAAACCAUCUCUAUGUUUUCUCGCACAGAUAUGGCAGCAAGCAGCCAACCCUUUGCAUCACUUGACACAAAACAGUCCACUGGACGGCACGGAUCAUCUAACGUGAACAGGUCAACAUCAGUGAAGGUGGAUCUCAAGUGUGGCCUAGAAGAAUGUUCAGUGGCAUUGAACUUAUUUCUGAGUAACAAAUUCACAGAUGCCUUAGAGUUGCUUCGACCGUGGGCUAAGGAGAGUAUGUACCAUGCCUUGGGCUACAGUACUAUUGUGGUGUUGCAGGCCGUCCUGACCUUCGAGCAACAGGACAUCCAAAAUGGCAUUUCUGCCAUGAAGGAUGCGUUACAGACCUGCCAAAAAUACAGGAAAAAAUGCACAGUUGUGGAAUCGUUCUCAAGUCUUCUUUCUAGGGGCUCAUUGGAACAGCUGACUGAAGAGGAAAUGCAUGCCGAAAUCUGUUAUGCCGAGUGUCUCCUACAGAAAGCAGCACUCACGUUUGUGCAGGAUGAAAAUAUGAUCAACUUCAUCAAAGGUGGACUCAAAAUUAGGACAAGUUACCAAAUAUAUAAAGAAUGUCUUUCUAUCCUGCAUGUAAUUCAGAAGAACAAAGUUGAGCAGCAGUUCUUCUAUGAGUUUGAAGGGGGUGUCAAGCUUGGAAUAGGUGCCUUUAAUUUGAUGCUCUCCCUUUUACCAGCACGGAUUAUCAGACUACUAGAAUUUAUAGGAUUUUCUGGAAACAGGGAGUUGGGGCUCCUGCAGUUACAGGAAGGCGCGUCAGGAAGAAGCAUGCGGUCCCCACUGUGCUGCUUAACUAUUCUAGCUUUCCACACUUAUAUCUCCCUGAUACUUGGUACAGGAGAAGUGAAUGUUCUGGAAGCAGAGAGUCUCCUUGCACCCUUCCUCCAGCAGUUUCCAAAUGGCUCCCUCAUGUUGUUUUAUCAUGCCCGGAUAGAGCUGCUGAAGGGAAAUGUGGAAGAGGCACAAGAGAUACUUCGAAAAUGCAUUUCAGUUCAAGAAGAAUGGAAACAGUUUCACCAUCUCUGUUACUGGGAGCUGAUGUGGAUUUAUGUGUUUCAACAAAACUGGAUGGAGGCAUAUUACUAUUCCGAUCUGCUUUGCAAAGAAAGUAAAUGGUCCAAGGCAACAUACGUAUUCUUGAAAGCUGCAAUUUUGAGUAUGCUUCCAGAGGAGGAUGUCGUAGCAACUAAAGAGGAUAUAGUAAUCUUAUUCAGACAGGUGGAGAGCCUGAAGCAGAGAAUUGCAGGGAAAUCCAUCCCCACCGAGAAGUUUGCUGUGAGGAAGUCUCGACGUUACUCCUCUUCGUUGCCUGCACCUGUGAAGCUCGUCUUGCCCGCCCUGGAAAUGAUGUAUGUCUGGAAUGGUUUUCCAAUAGUGAGCAAGAGAAAAGACCUUUCUGAAAAUCUGUUGGUAACUGUUGAAAAGGCUGAGGCUGCUUUACAAAAUGAAAGUUUGAGUGACUACUCUGUGGAUGACGAGUGCCUGGUGAAGCUGCUGAAAGGGUGCUGCCUGAAGAACUUGCAGCGGCCCUUGCAGGCAGAGCUGUGCUUCAACCACGUCAUCCAAAGUGAAAAGCUACUGAAGUAUGACCACUACCUAGUGCCAUUUACUCUGUUUGAGUUGGCCUUUUUGUACAAAAGCCAAGGGGAAAUUGACAAGGCCAUAAAGACCCUAGAAACUGCAAGAAACAACUACAAAGAUUACUCCAUGGAGUCCAGACUACACUUUCGAAUUCAGGCAGCUCUUCACCUGUGGAAAAAAACUUCCUCAGAUUGAUCAGAACAUGAAGGAUGGAAUUUUCCCUCAGCACCGGCAUCUGCUGUAGAUCAGGCCUUUCAUUAAAGUGGAAAAGUGAUCUUGCGAAUGAGAGACAAAAAACUAAUUUUAUUGUCAAUAUUUUUUAUCAUCUCUGUGGUUUACUGUUGAUCUGUGUCUGUGUGUUUUUUUUUUUCCUAUGAAACGAUGUUCAAUAUCGAGUACCGUCUAGAAAAUUCUUACAUUUUGCCUCUCCGAAAAGAAUUUCAUAUUAGAUUUGAAUUGGGGAGUGAAGAAGUCUUUUAAAGGACUCACAAAAUAAUGAAGUCUAAUUAGAUUAUUUAUUUUUUUAAUGUGGUAAUUAAUGUUUAAGUAGCAAAUGGCUUAUAAGUUGAGCCAUUUUUAGGUUUGUUGGUCAGAGAUAUUUUGUUGCCUAGUAUUUAAAUGUAAGAGGGGAAAUAAAAAUCACCUACAUUCAAAAAAGAUUAACAAUAACCUGAAGUGUCCUGAAUAAGACAAGCAGUGGGUGUGAAUAGGGACAGGAUAAUGUCCUUAAUAGGAUGAAGGGAACUAUAUCUAGAAAAGAUGGUGACAUAUUAGGUUUUGUUUUGUUUUUUAUUCUUCAUGUAUGUUAAAGGUAGUGACAUUUUUGAGAGACUACCCUUUUUUUUGAAUGUACUUAAGUCUGUUAUAAUAACAAAAUUCAAAAAACUAAAGGGAAGCAAAGUCAUAUUUUAGAAAUUAUCCUCAACCUUAGCAAUGAGAGUCUACAAUACAUAUGUUGGUUAUUUUUGUCUAUAGGAAGUAAAUUUCCUGCUGCUUUAAACGAUAUGUAAAAUAUCAAUAAUUUUUAUACUCAUGAUGUUGGUGAGUGAGAUCUAAUUUUCUAAUCUCCCUAGCACUGUGAUGGUUCCUUGUAAAUAUCCGGACUGUGCUUCGUCCUUGAACUAGGAAACACAAUCAGGACAGGAUGCAGCGGAGAGCCUGGCUCUGCUACUGAUUAGCAGUCAUUGGGGUGACCUUUAGGGAGCCCCCUGCUCUCUGUAUCAGUGUAUUUUCCUCAUCUAUGAAAUGGAAAAAGAACAGAUGUCUUUCUAGGUCUCUCUCAGUUUUAUAACGGUCAGUCUGUGUAUUAGGUAUUUUCAGCAAACAAUAUCAAACUGUUCAGCCCAAACUAUUUCCACAAAGUAUGUGUCUUAUUUUUCAGUCAUCACUGUCUGGCCCCACUUCCGCCAUUUGUAUGUACUGGGGCUAAUGACAAGAUGGCAUCCAGGGCGAGGAAAGACAAUUCAUGGAUCCAUAGAUCGGGGUUUUGUCCUAAUUCUAUUCUGUGUUGAAGAAUAACUUACAUGGAAGCUGGAAGCCUCUGCAGUUUAACAGAAACAGCCCCAGAUUGGGAGUCAGGAGCCCGUCUCUGUUAGUCCGUUGUUCCUUGACAUGGAUCAAGUCUCAUCUUUUCUGGGACUCCGUCUCCUCAGUGGGGAUAACAGCGCAGUGCUUGGUGCUUGUGACGGCUCGAUUAGAUAAUGCAUAUGAUGGCUUUUUGUAAACUGUGAGAGGCUAUGGGUUGCUGUAAUAAUUCUGAUUUUUAUGCACUGAUUACAAUAUCAACACAAAAGUAUUGGCUGAGUUUGUGGUCUCUGAUGUAAAAUGAAAGAAAUGUGUGAAAUUCAGACACCUUUAAAUUUAUUCAUGUGUCUGGCAUAACCCAGAUUAUGAACUUGCUUGUUACUGUUUGUUUCCUGCUACGUAAUUCUGUACCUAGCAGGUAUUUGGUCUUGUUUUCUUAUAAGGUACUAAUUCUUGACCAAUGCUGAGGCUAUCUUUCCGACAGAAAAUGAUUAAUAUAACUUGAGUCAGAGUACUAGCCCUUCAGGAGCAUGUUGGUAGCUGUCCUGUUUAAUUAAUACUAAUUACAUAGCUUUACUUGAGGUCCAGGCAAGAGGAAAUGGAAUGAACUGCUAUUACAAUGUCAGCAGUGGAAAAUAUGUUUAAUAAUUAUUUUGUAUAUAACUUGAGAAGUAGUUUAUAAAUCCCUUUGAAGAGCUUUGGUAGCAUUAUUUUUUUAAAGUAUAAACUCCCAUAUUAUAUUGUUUUCGUGAGAAGCUGCAGGUCACAGCCAAUGUCAGUGAAGACUUCUCUUUCUGGUGUAAUAUAAAAAAAAUAUAAGUUAAUAUUGGUUAUUUUUAUUUUAUUUUAAUUCUUCACUGCCAGACAACUGUAAAAGAAAUUCCUAGCUCCCGUUAAAAUUUUUUCCCUUAUUUUUUUUCUUAUUUUGUUUUUAUUUUUCCUUCCUAUUCUUUUUAUGGUUAUCUGGUAAUGUGGAUAGUGUAUCCAAUGAAUGUUUAAGUGUUGUACUAUCAUUAAUGCUACAAAUAUUUACCUGUUUCCCGUCCUGUUUAAGAUGCCAUGGUGGCAUCAGUUUCAUGUUACAUCAGCUAAUACUGCAUUUUUGGAGUUAUUUUGGAUUCAGGGUGCUUUGUGAAGAAUGAGUGCUGAAGUGACAAUAUUUUAUCUAAUGUUUUGAGGGGCAUAUGUGAUGGGUUUGGGCUGCCAAUGUGUCUGACAGUUUGUGCAAUUUGUGUAGUUUUUGGUAUAAUUUUCUUUCUUUCUUCCUUUUCACUAAAUGGAGAGCCAGGGUUCUGAUUAGUGCUGUAUACAUUUAAGACUCAAGUAGAGGUUAUGCUUUGUAGGAUUGGUGACAAGGAAGGCGUGAUUUCCGCUUGAUAAUUAAUGGAAGAUUAACUUCAUCAACUCUUACAUGGACAUGUAUUUUAAUGUGUCUGUGCGUCUCGUGGAUACAGGGUCUCAAGGUACAUAGGAAAAGGAAGGUCGUUGAUUCUGUUUCUUCUACACGUGGGGUAGAAACUGUAGGGAGGUGAAUUUCCAAAUAAUCAGCACCAAGGAAGAUUUUUAAUCAUUGAAGCAAUCUGUCACUAUAACUAUCUCUUUUGCAAAGGAGGAAGUUUAGCAGAGCUAUGUGUCAUUCCUACUUGGCCUGGAAACUUAUAGUUGAACUUAGAGGUCACUCUAAUGAGUCUUUGAUGAGAGCUUCAAAUCAGUGUGAUGUGUAUAUAAAGAAGGCGGCUUCCCCCCUUUUGAAGACUAAUGGGUCUUUCUUCUCUUGAAGCUACUUGUAGAUGUAGUUACAUUGUGGUAGGGACUGAUGGUCCCUACAGUCAUCAUGAUUCUACUUCUCAUCCUUCCUUUUAAAGUAGGUCUCCUAAUGUUUUCCAAUAAUGGUUUUUCUUCCUUUGGACACUCUGAAAAUAAUAAUUACAAAAAGGUCUUUGUGACUAACUUGAAAAAUUUCUGGAGUUACUCUGAUUAAUUCUUUAUUGAUUUCCAUUUUUACAUAUGUGUUUUUUCUCUUAGUUAUUCUCUCCAUAUUUACAAAUCAUAAAUUCAAUUGCAUUUAGUUAAAAUGAGUUAAGGAGGAUGCCAGCGAUCGUUUAGAUGCCCUAAGAUAUUAUAAUUCAUAGGGCCUGGGAUGAAUCUUGGGAAAUUAUCUCCUCCCCUCACUCAAUUUCUGGAUAGUGGUGUUUCUCCUUCAGUCCUGCUCUGUCUGGCAUAGUAACCACUGGCCACGUGGGACUAUUGAGUACUCAAAACGUGGCUAGUGGCUUGUGUUGGAAUGAUGCUGAGUGUUGGGGAGUGCUCCUCUAUACAUGCUGCGGUUCUGUUUAAAGUAAAGGCCUCCCAAGGGCAUGCUUCCUGGAGUUCUGGCUUUCCCUUGCUGUCUACUGUGAGCACCCAAUCACUACAGUUACAUUUUCAGUUCUGGCUCAAAUAUAUGUAUAUAUAUAUCUGUGGGGUUUGCUUUUUCUGUUCAAGUGCCCAUAAACUUUCAUCUCAUCAUCGAUCAGCGUCAUCUUUGAUCCUUCUCCACGCUCUCAGAGCUCCGUAAAUACUGCAUCGAGACCAUAUUUUUAACAUUAUUCUUUUAAUCCGAUUUUAUAGACAUUCCUUCCUUUUUCAGAUGCAGUAGCACAAGCCAUUUGAGUUGUGCUCACCUUUGCGAUGUUAGUAGAUUUUAUGAUUAAAAUAACAUUUUCUAAGGUUAACAUUAUUCUGAAAACUGUGGUGGCCUUUUCAAUCCCUGUAUAUUAUUAAUGUUUCAACAUUGAGUCAGCUAUGCUAAUAUGACCAUUUAAGGAAUAUUAGGCACUAGUUACUUAGAGAAUAAUUUGGCAGAUAGUUUAUUUAAAGUUACAUAUUUUAUGGGGCGCCUGGGUGGCUCAGUCGGUUAAGCAGCCGACUUCAGCUCAGGUCAUUAUCUCGCAAGCUGUGGGUUCAAGCCCCGUGUCAGGCUCUGUGCCGACAGCUCAGAGCCUGGAGCCUGCUUCAGAUUCUGUGUCUCCCUCUCUCUCUGCCCCUCCCCUGAUUGCUCUCUGUCUCUCUGUCUCUCUCCCCAAAAUAAUAAACAUUAAAAAAAAAUUUUAAGUUCUAUAUUUUAAGCCUUUUACUGCCUAUUAUUAAUAUUUUUAAUGUGUAUGUUUAUUUAAGUGUUACAUAUUCACAUACCUGACAUAUUUUUAAUCUCUUUAGACAUGUCUAGAUCAGAUGGGUAGAUCGAUAGAAAAUAGCUUAUAAAUACUAAAUAGACAAUGUUUUAUCCUGCUCUUUCAUAAAGGGUGCAGGAUUUCCUCCAGAUUGUCUCCCCUCCUCCAGACCAGUUAUUCACAUAUUGUUCCUUUUGUAUUAUUUUGCUUAUUGUGAAACCCCAUUCCUGCUUCCCCAUUGUUGGUAGUUUUAUCUUUUUCCCUCUGCUGUUAGAUUUAGUUACUAUUGAACUUGAAAUGAAGGACACAUCAGAAUUCAUCGUGAGAGCAAAUACCCUCUCUGUCGAGCAGUUGCUAUCUGAUUUUGAUGGCAUUGAAGUCCAUUCCAGUCUGUUUAUAACUUCAAAACUAUAGAAAGAAAUGACGCGGGGACUAUUUUGUGGGUUCAGAAGGCUGAGCAGGUUCUUGGCCUGAUCUAUCCCAGAGGGGUGUGUGAAUCUAACUUCGGAGGAAGUCCAAGCCCCAUUUUGUCCAGUUUACAAAUGUAUCAGCACAGCAAUACUGUAUGUAGUACGACCCUGCCUGGACCUUACAGUAUCCACCUCACUGUAUUUAAUGCCUACAGAUCAGAUAUUUAAUAGGAAAUCUCAAGGUACUUUAUAAUACCAAACUUCAUGAAGUAAAACUUGUUGCACAUUAAUAUACAAUACACCUUGUAGGUUAAUCUAGUAGUUCUUAGAAACAUACAAUUUAAAUGAUGAAUGUAAGGGAUGCUGGCAUAUCCCAGUGGGAGCUUUUGUUUUAUUGCUGCUUAGUAUUUUCUAGUAAAUUUGUUUUAAUUAUUGGUAGUCUGUUUGCCAUCACUUAGGAAAAAAAAAAAAAAGUUCGUCCCAGUGUAACAGAACUGAUAGCCAGAGAAAUUGGAUACAACGGACAUGUUAAAGAAUAUUGCUUAUCGUUUUAGUUUUAAAGCAGUUAGGUUAUUUUGAAAUGCUGGAAGUUCUUCCUCAAUGUGAAGGGAUGACAUUCCCUGCUUGGGAAAUCAUAGAGACAUAUUAAAUCCUUCUUAUAUUUAUUGGAACCAAGUGUCUGGGUUAGUAAACGAGUUUAAACAAUUUUCAUUAAUUACUUCUUUUUUUACCUGAAAUGAUUUUAUUCUUCAUAGUAGACAGUUGCUUUCUAUACAGUGAUUUAUUUUUUUAAGAAAAGAAUUUACAUGAAAAAAGACAUUAUGGUAAACAGUAUAAAUCUUAGGGUAUUGAUUUAAUGGUUGAAGAAAACAGUAGCGUUGGGUACGGUUUUUUUCUUUUUUUCUUUUUUUUUUUAAUAUGAAAUUUAUUGUCAAAUUGGUUUCCAUACAACAUCCAGUGCUCAUAGCGUUGGGUCUUUGAUUUGCAAAAGGAGAACACGUGUUCCACUGAUAUGUGCUGUCCAGAAAAAUUACUUCAUUCUUACCAGCAUGUCGCAUUCUCAGCUUGUCUAAAGGGGAAAAUUUUAUAAGGAAGUAGCUCAUUCCUUAUUAUUUUUUUCCCUUUGCUAACUGUUGACAUCCAAACACCUGAAUGAAUUACAGCUGAGGCAAUCAUAUGCUAGCGUUUUAAAUAUUUGUUUGCAGAUAUUCAUAGAACUCUUGAAUUUUUUGGUGUAAGUUGCUAAAUCAGAUGUAAAGGUAAAAUAUAUAUUUAAUAAGUGAGAAGUAUUAUUUUAUUACUGAAAUUUAUUUCUAAAGCAAAUUUAUUUUGUAGGUAUUUCACUGAGGAAAUUUUACUUUGCCUUAAAACACAAACAAAAUCAACCUGUCUUGUGCUCUGCUUACCUAAGAACCCUUAAUGUUACCUUGAUAUGUAGAUCGAUUUUUAAAUUCUUGGAAAAUAUGUAUUUUUCACUUUUAUUUGGAUUAAACAAAAAUAGUUAGAGGUCAUAGACUUUGUAAAUCAGUGUAUGCUAUGGUUUCUUGUUGAAUCAUCUAAACUACCCGUACGUACUUUAUAAUUCAAUGUUUUAUUAGUAAAAUUGCCAACAUUUUAUCUCCCUCUUUCUCUUCUCGUUUUACACUUGAACUUAGUUUCCUAUCUUUUCCAUUCCCAGUGGUCACAGUUUUACAGAGCAAAACAUUUUUAGAAAUUGAAGAUGUGUGAGUUCUAUGUAAGAUGAAUGUGUGAGUAGCAUCCAUCUGCUGGUCAAAUAGACAUUGGAUCUGGUACCAGAAAAUGAAAUAGAUUGUGGCUAUAAAAGCAUUUUAUCAAUAUAAGUCAGGCAGAAAGAAGAAAACUGUGAACCCCUGGUAUUUUUCAUGUAAACACUGUAUUCCCAAUGAGUAUUUGCUUGCCGAUUCUGUUAAUGUUAUCACCCGUGGCUUGUAAGCUAAUGCUGAUAUGACAUCUACAUUUUCAACAUGAAGACAACAGUUCCUGUAGCAUAUUUUUAACAUUAAGACAUUUUUGAAAACAGAUGUCAUCUUCGAAGUUGUAUUUUUAAGUGCAAAUAAAUCCUCCCAACUUGAAAGUCAA